AUGAAUUUCUUCCUCAUAAAACACAUCCUUUUCUUCUUAAACGGGAUAUAUAUGGUUCUAUCCCUCAUUCUGAUCGGCUUGGCUGCUUAUGCUCGCCUGAGUGUCUACAUAACGAGUGUGAGCAUUGUUGGCGGGAUUAUAGCUUGUGGCGUUUUUCUAUUCUUGUUAUCUCUGCUUGGAUUCAUUGGAACAGCUCGUCAUAGUCAAGCCGCUCUAUUCUUCUACAUUGUCCUCCUUUUCAGUCUGUUUCUGAUCCAAUUUUCUGUUGCCUGUGCCUGCCUAACACUGAGCACCUCCGACCAGCGAACAAUUGUGGAGGCCGCUUGGCAAAAGAGUACCAAUGCCACAAAAAUCGAUAUGAUGCGUACAUUCCAGUGUUGCGGAUUUCGUCGUGUUGACCUUCCACAUGAUCAUCCAAUGGGAUGCCCACCAUGUCACUUCUCUGAGCUUUCUUGUUGUGAAGGCGAUCACGACCGUCAGGCGGAUUGUUGCACCGUGGAACAGAAAUUGGAGCGCGGGAUUCGUGUCACGGGGACGGUGGGCUUGUUCUUUAGCCUGGUCGAGCUUGCUGGCGUGUGGUUGGCGCUUCAGUAUCGUCAUAAGCGUGAUCCGUCGAUCGAUCCGAACUGUAUUUUCUAACUUGUUCGAGCGGCACAAGCUCCGUUAUGUUUUUCCUUUCUGGAAUAUCGAUCCCUUUACGCAUUCCCGUCGAGCCUGCAACUUUCGAUCGCCACCUGUUUUUGGGGACUGCAUUUAUCUGAGUUCUCUUCUCCAUCGUGUUGCAUUUUUUACGGCUUCUCGCAUAAUAUUCUACGAAAUUAAUAUUGAUAAACGUUCUUAAUUUACGUUCUUUUUUCGCCUAUUUUUCCCAUACUAGUAACAUCUUGUCUCCUGCAUUUCUUGUUGAAUUCCAUUUCUCUCAUCUUUCGUUAUUUUGUUGCUCUAUUAGCAACUUCGCUUUAGUAACUUCUUCAUUCAGUCAUUACAGUGCGAUACACUUUGACUUUAGGGUGCCAGUGUAACCUUGCAUUUAUACCUGAUAUCAUAAUGUCCAUACACAUGACAACCAGUGUUGAACGUUGGGUUGUAUCAUUUCAAAAUCUACAAAACGGGCCAAA